AUGGCAUAUCGCAGGUUUCCAUAUAGAUUUUUAGAAGAAGAAAUUUUAUCUCAUCGUAUAUAUAGAAUUGGCGGUAGAAAUGAGUGUGAGCCACAAAUUGAUCCUUUAAAUGGAGUAGCUAUCGGUAUGAGUUCAGCUCAUGCCAUACCACUAAACAUCUUUGAACAGCACAAGCAUUUACAAAUGAAUAUCACUGCUAUGGAUUCUACUAUGAUUCUUUAUGAUGGACAAAACAUCCGACAACACAAUUUAUUGCUUAACAUUGUUCGUAGAAACAUGGUUGACUUAACAGGUUUACCGGCUAAUGAUUUUUUCAAAUAUAAUAAGAUCACCGCUUACGGGGAUGAUAAUGUAUUAUCAUCAAACUGCUUUAAUGACAAGUGGUAUGACGCAAUGUAUUUUGCAAAAAAGGUACCUAAAACAGAAGUAGAACACGACACAUUCAAUAAUGUAGAGUUUUUAAGCGAAAUGUUAAAAAAUAUUGCUCUGACUAUAAGUAUAAAGUAUAUAAACAUUAUAAGAGAAACCCAACAAAAUUUGAUGACAUUAAAUGAGAUACUAGAAAGCAAAAAAACUUAUCUAUUAGAAUGA